AUGAAACACAAUUUGGUACGGGUGGCGACGGGUGGCGAAAAAGCGCCCUUUUUUCACCGGCCCACACAUCUUGCACCCUCUUGCAAUGGGACGCGUGCCGCGUUGUCAGAUGCCUUCACCGCUAUUUUUUGCGCUUUUCUUCGUUUUGAACCGCCCGCAUCAGGCAUCAGACCCCCUGUCCCGCCCCUCUGCCCGUGCCUUGUUUUCCAAGCCUCGCUGAGGCCCGCACCCCUUUCCUUCACACCCGCGCUAUUAUUUAUUCUUUUCCUCCUGCCCACACCGCUCAACGCCCCGACCCAAUCCCCCCUCAACCAAAAUAAACGCCCUUCCCUACCUCCUCCUCCCCGGCGUCACAAUUCUCGUUUCCCCCGACCCCUCCCGCACGCUCCCCUUCCCAGCCCUGGCUUGUCUCCUAUGAUGUCUCUCACCCCGGCGCGUGGUCGACGUGUCUCCGACGGCCCGACCUCCGGCAAGCGCGGUCGUCCCGAGUCCUACGUACGCCGCUAUUGGGAAGACAUCGGCGUCCCCAACGUCGGCCCCAAGUGUAUUUUUUGCGAUCACCGCUCCGUUACUCGUCUCUUCCGUGCUCCCCCCGCUACGAGACACACCCUCAUUUGCAAGAACGCCCCGGAAGACGUCAAGGAUACCUUGCGUCGACUCACGAACAACAAAUAUUCACGCCGCCCGCCUGUAGCCUCCGACUCAUCUUCCGUGCAGGCUGUUGCCGUCGCCGCCGCCGCUGCCGUCGAAUCGAAGCCUCACAACCCGCAAUCCCAGCAGCGCCAGCAACACCAACGGCAGCAUCACCAGCAACAUCGCACGCAACACCCGCAUCCACAACAGCAACACCCGCAUCAACAACAGCAACACCAUCCCACACAACCUCUCCAGCACCAUCAGCCGCAACCACAGCAUCAUCAGACCCAACCACAUCAGCAGCAUCACCAACCCCAGCAUCAUUCGCAGGAUCAGUCCCAACCCCAGCAACCGCAACCGGUCUCUCAGCAGCCUCAGCAGCCCCAAUUUACGUUCAAAACCUCCCCUCCAAAUCAACCAGACCCGCACAGUCAUGACCCCACCUCUAUUCCAAGCAUUGCUUCGCCACGGCAUGUAUCCGCCAACGUCGUCUCUUCCAUGAAUGGCGCCUCUACCGCUGCUCUCAAUCCCGCGGUCGAUGCCAGCGGUGUCCCUGUCACCGUCCGAUCAGCUAUUCUCAACGAUCCCCGAAGUGUCGCCACUGUCCCCCGCACUAUGGGUCUUGUUCAUGCCGCUUCUCAUGCUGUCAACUCAGCGACCAUGUCUCCCGCUACUGAUAUUCUUUAUGCCAGUGGCUCCGCACAGAGGUUACUACAUCAGCAACCAGAAGAACUCACGAGCCCAGCGACCGCGUCUCUCAACCGUGCGUAUGCUGAGUUAGCGUUUGCAGUCAUGGAGGCCAUGUUUCCGCCGGCAUUGGGAAGAAAGAAAGACGGACAUGUCCCAACUCCAGGCGAGUUUCGAGCAGCUUUGCAAGACAUCAAGGAAGCAGCCCGUUGCAAGGCGAAGAGGCAACGCAAUGAGGCUAGGGCUGAGGCGGCGCGCCUGCAAAACGCCAUUUCCGUGCUAGUUACAACGAAGACCAUCAGCGGAGCCACGGAAAGGCCGAAAGAGAUGGUCCCCCAAAAGCUUAUUGAUGGGUACAAAGUUUUAGGAGACGGCAUUCUGACAGCAGAACCUCUCAACGCAAUCACUCAGAAUUUCUCAGGCACCGCUGCAAGCAGCAGAUUUUCACACACACAGCGUUUUCCAUUAGAUAUAUUUCGUCUUGCAGCCUUAUGUAAAGCCUUGCGUAUUUCUCUGAAGUUGAUGGCGAUCCGAUAUCUUUCGUCCUUGCCAGAGCACAAAGAGAUUAUCAUGCCCAAAGUCUCCCCCACAAUGACGGCGGGACGUCUGGUCUCGUGGAAGAAGCAAGAGGGCGAGGCGUUCGAGGAGGGCGAGGACAUUGCCGACGUCGAGUCCGACAAGGCGACCAUGCCCAUAUCAGCUCGCGAGGACGGCUUCAUGGCCAAAAUUCUUGUCGGGGAGGACAGUCCGGAGAUUCCGCUCGGCGAAAUUCUGGCCAUCACCGUCGAAGAGGAGGAACUGAUCCCGGCGUUUAAGGACUAUGCGCUGCCUUCGGAAGCAGAGAAAGAGACCCCUGUGCCUGCUGCGGCUCCAUCAGCAACCGAUGCCGCGCCACCCUCUACUCCGCAAACACAAUCUCCGUCGCCAGCACAGGCGCAAUAUACGGGGCCGAAGGGACCGGCCGUGAUGCGCGCAAUAGUGCCCACGGGACCGCAAGGGCGCAUGCUGAAGGGUGACAUCUUAGCUGCGAUCGAAGCGGGCACCGCCUUUCAGGCGGCGCCAGCAUCAGCACCGCCAUUAGCACCGCCGACAGCGACGAAAGCAGACACUGCAGCAACGGGUGAUUUGCAAUUGGCCGAAGUGGAUGGAAUGCCAGCACAUACUGACGUACCAGUAACGUCAAUGCGUCGUGCGAUCGCGAAACGGCUUGUAUUGUCCAAGGCUGGCGUUCCUCAUCGAUAUGCUUCAUCUUCGUACGAACUUGACAACCUUCUCGCCAUGCGCCAGCGACUUAACAGCAUGGGCCCUCCGUCCAAGAUCUCAGUCAACGACUUUAUGAUUCGUGCGAUUGCCAUUGCGCUACGUCGAGUCCCAGAAAUGAACGUGAGCUGGGAUGAGGGUAGCCAACAGGUGGUUUAUAAUGAAAAUGUCGACAUCUCGAUGGCGGUUGCGAUUGAGGGUGGACUCAUUACGCCGAUCGUGACGCGAGCAGAUUCACGAGGAUUGGCAGAUAUUGCAAAAACUACAAAAGAUUUGGUAGCCAGAGCCAAAGGGGGUACUCUUGCACCAGAAGAGUUUGAAGGUGGAUCAUUUAGCGUGAGCAACUUGGGAAUGUUUGGGAUCUCGAAGUUCUCAGCGAUCAUCAACCCCCCACAAAGCGGGAUUUUGGCAGUUGGAAGUGGAUUCCAGCGAGCUGUUCUGAAUGAGGACAAUACUCUGUCAACGGUGACAGAGGGCACAGCGACGCUGUCAACCGACGCCAGAGCGGUGGAAGAAAAGACAGCAGCCGAAUUUUUGAAUGAGUACUCCAAGUGCAUCUCCAACCCGGAGAGCAUGCUCAUGUGAUCGGAGGCAGGGAAAGUCAGUGGUUGCACAAAACCAUAAUAAAGACAGAGUAACGUUAACUAUCGAACUCGAAGACAGACGUCGAUUCGCCAUACUUGUGCAAAGGUGUAUGUUCAAAAUAGGGCGCUCGUGCUCCUGCAUUCAAGAUGUGUUCGAAGC